CUCCCUUCUUCACUCCUUUCAAAAUCUUUUCCUUUCUCUCCACCACCAUCUCCCUUUCUAUUCCUUUCAUUUUCUUUCCACCUUUGAGCCAUCUCUUUUCCCAGGAGGCUUUUAUCUUUAAGCAGUUAUUUGGGGUGGUAUAGUGAGCGACAAAUGGAGCAGCUGAGAAACCAGAGGACGGUUCAACAACAACAACAACAACAAGAGGAGCUUGAGGAGAUGCACCAUGGCCCGUUCCCUGUGGAACAACUCCAGGAGUUGGGCAUUGCAUCCCUUGACGUAAAGAAGCUCAAGGAUGCAGGUCUUUGUACGGUUGAAUCUAUUGCUUACGCCCCAAGGAAAGAUCUUCUUCAGAUCAAAGGAAUCAGUGAAGCUAAAGUUGACAAGAUCAUGGAAGCUGCCUCCAAACUGGUCCCAUUGGGUUUCACCAGUGCUAGCCAGCUCCAUGCUCAGAGGCUGGAGAUAAUUCAGAUAACAUCUGGGUCAAGUGAACUUGAUAAAAUUUUGGAAGGUGGAAUUGAGACAGGAUCCAUUACUGAAAUAUAUGGUGAGUUCCGUUCUGGAAAGACUCAGCUUUGUCACACUUUAUGUGUCACAUGCCAACUUCCAUUAGAUCAAGGAGGUGGUGAGGGGAAAGCAAUGUACAUAGAUGCUGAAGGGACAUUCAGACCACAAAGACUUUUGCAGAUAGCGGAGAGGUUUGGACUGAAUGGUGCAGAUGUCUUGGAAAACGUGGCCUAUGCUAGAGCGUAUAACACUGAUCAUCAGUCGAGGCUUUUGCUUGAAGCAGCUUCAAUGAUGGUAGAAACAAGGUUUGCUCUUAUGAUAGUAGAUAGCGCUACUGCCCUCUACAGAACAGAUUUUACUGGAAGGGGUGAACUCUCUGCCCGACAAAUGCACCUUGCGAAAUUCCUUAGGAGUCUUCAGAAGUUGGCAGAUGAGUUUGGUGUGGCUGUUGUAAUUACAAACCAGGUAGUUGCUCAAGUGGAUGGUUCAGCAAUCUUUGCCGGUCCUCAAAUCAAGCCUAUUGGUGGGAACAUCAUGGCUCAUGCUUCCACAACAAGAUUGGCUCUCCGUAAGGGAAGAGCAGAGGAGCGUAUUUGUAAAGUAAUAAGUUCACCUUGCUUGGCUGAGGCUGAAGCCCGAUUUCAGAUUUCUCCAGGAGGUGUUUCUGAUGUCAAGGACUAACCCAUUUUAGCUCAUUGUUUGUUUCCGAAACAAAAGUCAAAGCAAAGCAAACUCCUACUGAUCAAUAUGUUUUUGUAGCAUACCACAGCUCUGUAAUUCUUGUCUGCUAUGAAGCUUGCUGGAUUUUGGAAGAAGCCAUUUAUAUAAAACUCGCUGUACAUUUCGUUGUAUAUAACAUUGGCAUCAGGUACUAAGUUUAUUGUGAUGGAGAGUCUAAGCCUAGUCAAAACCUGACAGUCUAAGCCUAAUUCAUGCAAGAGAUCAAUGGCUCAGUUUCGAUCUCUA